AAACCACUCACAUUUUUCUUUCCCCCUUUCCUCUCUCUCUCUCUCUCAUUUAACUACCACUCACCAUGCAAAAGGCGCUACACUACAGGAACCUGCUGCCCCCGGCCGCCUCCGCCGGCGGAUCCGCCAUUCCGCCGCCGGGAGACAACGAAUCCGGGGGAGAAUCCGUGGCUGGCGCCGUGAAUUUGAGAAAGCUGGUGGCGGAGAACGCGGUGGUGGUGUUCGCGCGGAAGGGCUGCUGCAUGUGUCACGUGGUCAAGCUAUUGCUGAACGGCCACGGCGUCAAUCCGACUAUUCUCGACGUCGACGAGCAGAACGAAGGCGAUGUAACUAAUCAGUUGUCGAGGAUCGCCGGCGGCGUCGGCUCCGCGCCGCCGUUUCCGGCCGUGUUCGUAGGCGGAAAACUUUUCGGAGGGCUGGAGCAGGUGAUGGGAGCUCAUAUCUCCGGCGAAUUGGUGCCGAGAUUAAGAGAAGCUAGGGCUUUAUGGCUUUGACGGAGUCUCUCUCGAUCCUCUGGAAUUUUUGGAUUAGAAAGACUUUAAUAUUCUCUCUCUCUUUCUUUUUUUUUGUUUGAAUUUCAUGAAAACGUUUACUUGAAAGAUUGCCAAGAGCAGAAGUGGAGGUCGGAAAAUCUCGGGGUUGAUUUUUGUACAUAGUGUUUACAUUAGAUGCAUCAUUUUGGGUCUUCAUUACCUAUAGUUUUUUAAUAUUUUUAUUAUUUAUAUUUAUAUUCUUCAA